AUGUGUUAUAAGGCGAGGAAAAGCCAAGCUUCUAUCCGUAAAGCCCUCAAUGCUCAAACCUUGGAGCAGUUCCGCGCCUACGCCGCUCAAUACUACCCGGACAGUGAAGAGAAGCAAACCGAACUUAUUGCUCAACUUCAAGAUCGUCAUUUUCAUCAAUACAUGAUUUACGUAAAUGAGAAUGCUACCGCCGUUGGCUUCUCACCUUCCUCAACUACCUCAAAGAUGAACAAUGCUUCCUCUUCUUCUCUUCCCGUGGAGAAGACUGAACAGUCAUUGCUUCCGCCUCCAAAAUACGAGACUGUUGAAAUGAACUCGACCAAAAAGUCCACACAAGAACCUACUACUCAAAAGUCAGGCGAUAACGAAAGUAAUGAUGUCCAUAAGGAGCACUUAAAUGGAGAUUUGGUGCCUUGUAUACCCGAUGGAGACGACAAUAUUGCAGUGCCUCAGAUGUGGACACGAAAGGACAUUGUCGAAUUCAAGGCUCUCCUUUCCAAAGAUUCAAACUCUGUGCUUAAUAUUGGCAGUGGGGAAUUUGUCACAAUUCGCUUUCCCAUUGAUUCAAAUGGCAAUGUCCUGGUUUGGGAAUUCGCUACUGAUGACUAUGAUAUCGGAUUUGGUUUGAGCUUUGAAUGGGCUCCGGAGGCUAAGGAGAAGAGUGGAAAAGAGGUGGUUAAUGAGGUUCAACUAACUCCUCCCAAUACUGAUGCGCCCGAUAGGCUGUGGAAUUACAUUCAAGGAUCGUCCCAACCUCCUGAAGGCUCUGGCGCUCCGUCAGAAUCGGCUGUUGUAGAACUCAUACCCAUGUACAGAAGGACAUCCCACAUUGAAGUUUACUGCGGUUCCCAUAACUAUCCAGCGCACAGCGGAACUUACAUUCUAAAGUUUGAUAACACAUACUCCUACUGGAGAAACAAAAUGCUCUACUACCGCGUUUACUGGACCAAAUAG